AUGAGCAAGACAAAGAUAACUUCAUUUUUCCAAACUUACGAAAGAAUGAGCCUUUUCACGAUUACAACGAACUGUUUGCUGAGCCUUUUGGGUGGUUUCGUCUCGUUGAAGCUGAUACAAGAAUACAUUCCAAUCUUCAUUCAACGUGGGCACUAUGGAAACGAUCAAUGCAAGGUGAGCAACGCUCCAAUUCCCGAGCCGAUGGGUGUCAUCACUGCAGCCGUUUAUCUUAUUAUCAUGUUCAUCUUCAUACCAUUUCCCUUUCUCGAAUGGACAUACACAGAGCGUUUAUUCCCGCACGACAAAUUCUUGGCCUUCCUCUCGGCGAUCAUCUCGAUUUGCACAGCAAUUUUAUUGGGUUUCGCCGAUGAUAUGCUUGAUUUGAGAUGGCGUCACAAGUUGCUUUUCCCAACGCUUUCAUCAUUACCGGUUUUGAUGGUCUACUAUGUACAAGGCAGCUCGACGACGAUUGUUGUGCCGAAGAUUGCUCGUUCCAUUGUUUCAUUUCUUGGAUUUGAGAUGACAACUUCCCUUGACAUCAAUUUGCUCUACUACGUUUUCAUGGGAAUGGUGAUUGUCUUCUGCACAAAUUCGAUCAAUAUUUACGCGGGAAUCAACGGAUUGGAGGUCGGUCAAAGUCUCGUCAUUGCUUCAUCGAUCACUUUAUACAAUGUCAUACAGCUAUAUCGCCUUCAAGAUCCGAUCGAAUGUUGGUACAAUUGGUUGUCAAUCUACUUUUUGUUACCAUUCAUCACAACAUCGUUGAUCCUCUAUAACUUCAAUAAGUAUCCGGCUCGCGUUUUCGUUGGUGACACGUACUGUUAUUGGGCGGGCAUGACGUUGGCUGUAGUGGCAAUUCUCGGACAUUUCUCAAAAACGGCGAUGCUUUUCUUUAUUCCACAGGCAUUCAAUUUUAUAUAUUCGACUCCUCAACUUUUCCAUCUUGUACCUUGCCCGAGACAUCGAUUACCCAAAUUCGAUUCUAAGACAGACACAGUCGGGAUGAGUUUUGCCGAAUUUAAGAAAUCCGAACUAGACCGAUUCGGGCAAUGGGUAGUGACGAUUUUGUCGACGAUUGGCCUUCUAUUCAAGGAAGAUUUCAACAACGAUGGAGAAAAAUGGAUUCGGCUCAACAACUUCACGGUGAUCAACUUGGUGCUGAAGUUUGUUGGACCAGUGCGCGAGGGCACUCUCACCAAAUUGCUGCUGUUGUUACAAGUAUUCUCGUCGAUUCUCGCUUUCAUAAUUCGCUUCUUUUUGGCUCGAAUACUGUACGAUGUUGUUUUG